UCUCUCUCUCUCUCUCCUGGGGCUGGACCAGAGUCUCUUUCGCACGGAGCCUCACCGGGGAAACUCCGACAUCUUUUCUGACCAGAAGUUGGCAAGGAAGACGAAGCUGUCACAGAAGUCCCUUCUUCUUCUUCUUCACCGCGGAGCUGCAUGGAUGUGAAAGCGGGCUCGGGGCUGUCGGUGCCGAGUUAGGAGGAAAUGCGUGCCGUGCCAGGCCAGGGCGAGGACGGAGCGGGGAUGUCUUCGGGCUAACAGCGCUAAAGUCAUCUGGACCACUACACACGGAUUACUUAGCACGUCAGUCCGCCGCCGAAGCACCAUCUUUACUGUUGUCUGUAGCACUUCGCACGGUUGUUGUCAGUGAGCACGUCGGUGUGAAACCAGAAACAACAACAGACACACGAGGACGAAGAAGCGAAACAAAACAAAACUCUGCUUCUCGCUCAUUAUUCAUAUAAAACCAACGUGUUUAUCCCCGAGCCGUGGCUCGACGUGAAGCUAAGCUAGCUGUGCAGCACAACAACACGAAGCUGGAUGCCCAGAGCCCGUGGUCACCGACACAACCGACGAGCUAAUGUCCACGACAUGUUCGGACCAAGUGGCAGGGUUGUGAUUUGUUAGCUUAGCCUAGCAUGGGGACCAACAUGGCUACGAACUAAUCAACAGAGAGAGAUAAGAGAAGGUGUGAUACCAGGUCUGAUUCCAGCCUCACAACUUCAGACUUUCAGUUCCUGGCACCAACACCCCCCCACCCAGUGUGUAUCACAACAGCAGCUCGACCAUGGAGGGGAACGUGCAGCAGCAGCAGAAAGCGACCCCUUUGUCCCGGGAGCUGACGAGGACAUGCAACAUCUACAACAAGCACUCCGUCCAGCUGAAGAAGAACCUGAAGGAGACCAACGCAUUCUUCCGGGAGAUCAGGCAAAACUACAGCAAUGUCUGUGCAUCCACCAUGAGCUCGGACUCAGCUUCUCUGGAGGCAGGCCAGUUUAGCUGCAUCUCCUUCCCGAGCCAUGAGGAAGAGUUUUUACGCAACACAGUCGGCGCUACCCCGUACAUCCUGGUACUGGGCCAGGACUGUACCGCCCGCUACCAGCUGCUCAAUUGCCUCCUGGGGGAGAGGCUGCUACCGCUGGGCCCCGAGGCCGGGGAGGCUUGUGAAGGAGUCCAGGGCACUGUCUGCAAGAGGCGAAAGCUGUGUUUUACCCAUGGGAGACAGACACGGCUCAGCUUGGCUCUGCCCGGCCAGUAUGAACUGGUACACCAAUUGGCAGCGAACUGUGGCCGCUGGGAUACAGUUCCAAGGGAGGACCUGGAGAUCCAUGAGGAGUGUGAGGACCCAGCACACAGGCUGGCAGAGCUAGAGAUCACCCUGCACCACCCACUGCUACAGGAAGCAAAGGUCAUGGUGGUGCCUUGUCCAAGUGUCCAGCCCAUUGAAGAGGCCCUGGAAGACUGCACUCGCAGUGUGAUCCCCAUCAUACUCUACGCCAUCAACCAGGACUCCCUUACUACAGAGCAGGUGGCUGAGCUCUGGAAGGUCAAAGAGCUGCUCUCCUUUCCCGUCUGUUUUAUUCGUAUCCCUCACACCAUUCCAGCAGCCUCCCCAGAACCUGGCCGCCAUGCAGAGAAGGAGAAAGACAAAGAGAAGAGUGCCCUCCACAAGCAGCUGCUGUCCCUCGGGUUCCUCAGUAGCCCGUCAGCAAACUGCACCUGUGGUGCCCCUACACAGGUGUCUGCCCCAGGUGCCAAGCCCCAAAGCACGCUGGGCGAGGGUUUCGAAAGACUGCAUCGGUUGGUGGUGCCAUUCACUCGCCAAGUGCUUCAAAACCAGCAAGUGGAGGCUGCCAGUCUGCUUAACGGGUUACAUUGUCGAUGUCUCGAUCUUUUCAUCAACCAGGCCUUUGACAUGCAGAGGGACCUGCAGAUAACACCACGCAGGCUGGAGUACACUCGUGAGAAAGAGGCUGAACUGUUCACCUCCCUUAUGGCCAUUGCUAACCGCAAACAGGAGGAGAUGAAGGAGAUGAUUGUGGAGACACUCGGCAGCAUGAAGGAGCAGCUACUGGAGGACGCCGCCAACCUGGAGUUUACAGACAUCAUUGUAACAACGAAUGGAGAGCCUGUUACGUCCAAGGAGAUCAAAUCUUGCAUCCACCAGAUCCAGGAGCUGAUAGUGGUCCGUUUGAAUCAGGCUGUGGCGAAUAAGCUGAUCAGCUCUGUGGAUUAUCUGAGGGAGAGCUUCGUAGGAACUCUGGAACGAUGCCUCAACAGUCUUGAAAAGUCAAACAUGGACUCCUAUGUUCACAAUGUCACCUCCAAUCAACUCAACCAGUUAUUAAAUGCUGCCUAUCAUGUGGAGGUCACCUUUCAUUCAGGAUCCUCUGUCACACGAUUCGUCUGGGAACAAAUCAAACAGAUAAUCCACAGGAUAACAUUUGUGAACCCUCCUGCCAUCACUCCAGAGUGGAAGCGGAAAGUGGCCCAGGACGCCAUAGAAAGCCUCAGUGCUGCCAAACUGGCCCGAAGCAUCUGCUCCCAAUUCAGGACUCGCCUCAACAGUUCCCAUGAGGCCUUUGCAGCAUCACUGCGCCAGCUGGAGGAGGGUCAUACAGGGCGUCUGGAGCGAACCGAGGACCUGUGGCUGCGCGUGAGGAAGGACCACGCCCCUCGGUUGGCCCGCCUGUCUCUGGAGAGCCGCUCCCUACGGGAUGUUCUGCUGCACGGUAAGCCUAAGCUUGGGCGAGAGUUGGGUCGGGGCCAGUACGGAGUUGUGUACUUUUGUGACAGCUGGGGAGGACGCUACCCGUGUGCUUUAAAGUCUGUGGUGCCACCUGACGAUAAACACUGGAAUGACCUGGCUUUAGAAUUUCACUACACGAGGACUUUGCCGAAGCAUGAGCGGCUCGUCGACCUGCACGGCUCAGUGAUCGAUCACACCUACGGAGGCGGCUCCAGCAUCGCUGUGCUGCUCAUCAUGGAGCGGCUGCAUAGAGACCUCUACACAGGCCUGAAGGCGGGUUUAUCGAUGAAGGACAGACUUCAGAUCGCACUGGAUGUGGUGGAGGGGAUCCGCUUCCUGCACAGUCAAGGUCUCCUGCACAGAGACAUAAAGCUAAAAAAUGUUCUGCUGGACAAACAAAACCGUGCAAAGAUCACAGACCUUGGCUUCUGUAAACCAGAGGCCAUGAUGUCUGGGAGCAUCGUAGGAACGCCCAUCCACAUGGCUCCAGAGCUAUUUACAGGAAAGUAUGAUAACUCUGUGGACGUCUACGCCUUCGGGAUCCUGUUCUGGUACCUCUGCACCGGAUCAGUAAAACUCCCAGAAGCCUUUGAGAAGUGCUCCAGCAAGGACCAGCUCUGGACCAAUGUUAAAAAAGGUGCUCGACCAGAGCGGCUGUCCAGUUUCGACGAGGAGUGCUGGCAGCUGAUGGAGGCCUGCUGGAACGGGGACCCCUCCCUGAGGCCAAUGCUCGGUCUCGUGGAGCCCAGCCUGCAGAGCAUCAUGGUCCGGCUCUGCGGCUCGGAACAGAAGCGCAGCGGUCUGGACGACUCGAACUGAAAACACUCAAGACAAACUAACGUGUGUGUGAUAGGGAUUUUGUUCAGAAAAAAAGUAUUUUUGUUGUAUUUAUGAAGACCUGAACAGAUAACUUCUGUUGUGCAGGUGACCAAUGACAAACAUCCUCCUUGUUCACGUCGUUGUUGUUGAAUUUACAUUAUUUAUGAGGAGGUGGUACAAACCAGAAGUUUGCAGAUCUGUGUGUUUUAUUGUUUGUGCAGUGUGUAUUUGUAUACAAACUCUACACUAUGCUUUUGUCAUACCUUCCGUGCUAACUGCUACUUGGUCAUAGGAUUGUAACUAGAUGCAAAUUGUUUUAAAAAGUAGUCCAGUCCCAGUGUUGUGAAAAAAAUAUAAAUAUAUAAAAGAAUAAUUUUAGAUUGUAUUUAAACAUUCCUGCACCUAUACAAUACAUUUUUUUUAAUAAAAUGAUCUGU